AUGGAGUGGAGUAUGAAUCCUUUUGCGUACGGCUGCAUAAACUUCGUACUGGCCAUCAAUGCGGAGAAGACGGUUAUUAAGCGUCAACCAGCCCUGUCUGCCGAAAACAUGGAGCUUAGAGUCAAUGUGAACGGAAUUUGGCUCGCGACUGUGAAUAAAUUCGCCAACCUAGAAUGUACCAUUUCAAAAAACAUCAAGAAUGACGAUUCAAUUGCAAACCUGACCUGCAGAUUCGGGCAGGAUUUCGAAGGAUUGCAUCUCUUGUAUUUAAUCGCUGCCAUCUCCAGGUCCGGUUCCCUGUCGGAAGAGAAAAACUGGGACGCCAGGUGGGAGGAAUAG